UAUCAAUUCGGAGUUUGGCCGUCACUCCUGCCGACCCUUAACCUUUCUUUAUAUAAUUUUACCAAAUCAAUGAAAUCAACGAGUAAUGAACAAGUUAAAUCUAUAUCCCGCAUAACUAUCAAUUUUUGGUGAUAAUUAUAGCUAAUGGAAAUUGUUGUGUUUAUUUUCUAGCUUUAUCAUUAUUUCUUUGUAAGUUUUAAAAAUGAGUAUGAUUACUGAAUCUGAAAAAAAACGUUUGCAAUCGUUGAAGGAAAAGAAACAGGCGUUUAAAGUGAAAGGCCAGUUUAUUCAGCAAGCAUUAAGAAACUUAGAUAAUACUACAAAAUGUAAGAAAAUUAUAUUUGAUAAUGAUAUUGAUGAACAGCAAAGUCCCAAGCCAAAAAGAAAGAAAAGAGAUUUAUUUGAUAAUGAUAGUGAUAAUGAGAGAGAUAAUGAAGAAGAUUCUCUGUGGAAUAAAGAUAAAUUCAGUAUCAAGGAAACUAAACAUAAAAAGACCAUUCUUGGCAAUGAUGCACGAUUUACUUUAGAUGAUCGUUUUGCGAAAAAUGAUCAUCAGACUGAAAACACUGAACUUGUUGAAGACAUCAAUGAAUAUGAUUUGGAGAAGGAGAAGGAGCGGCAAUUAGAUAUUUUAGAAAAUAUUUUAGGAAAACCUCUUACACACACAGUAAAAGAUCAGGAACUAAAAACAGCUAAAAAGAAAUUGAUGAUACGAUAUGAUCCAACUGAAAAUGGACACUGUGACUAUGAAGUGAAAUCUGUGCAGUCAAAAAUUAAAGAAAAAAAUAUUAAAAAGAAGAAACAUGACAAAUCUAUAUUAGAAAUGGAACCUGCACCUCCAGAACCAAAAGUAUCAAAGAAUAUAUAUUACGCUGUAUCAGACACCUUGACAGAAAGUUUAAAACAGAAAGGAGAAUUUAGUUUAUUAAAAGCAUAUAGGAAAGAAGAAAAUGAUACGGGAAAUGCUGAAGAUUAUAGUGUAUCUAUUGCGGAAAAUAAUAAAGCUAAAAAAUUUAAGCUUAAUUUUAGUGCGACUAAUGCAUUUAAAUAUGAUUCAUCUGAUGAUGUUGAUGAUGAUGUACAUGAAACACUAAAUACAGAUAAACAGAUGGCUGAUGAUGUUGAAAAAAAUACUUGUACAAAUAGCUCGUUUGAGUAUAAAAAUACUCUAUUUCUUGAUAAUGAAGAUAUACGAUUUAAUGAGGCUGUAAAAUUCUUCAAUAUAGAAGCUACUUCAAAUGAUGAAUUUAAGAAUUUGAGACGCGAGUUGAAAAUGAUUGUACGUACGAAAAUUCGUACAAACGAAAGGAAACAUCAGCCGUGGAAUAAGAAAAGAAAAAUUAAAAGAUCUAAAAAAUGAAAAUUUUUCUUUGAACUCUCUAUUAAUAUUGAUAUAAAAGCAUUUAACAUUGAUAUAAAAGCAUUCAGAAACAAACUCUGGAUAGAUUGAUAAUUAUAAGAUGUGUAGGUAAUAUAUAUAAAAAAAUUUAUAUAUAUGCAGUGAUUAUUUUAUAAAGAACGAAUAUUUUAUUAAAAAAUACCAAUAUACAUAUUUUGUAUAUUAGAAGGAAAUCAUUAAGAAAUACGAUAUGAUUAAAUGCCUCAACAAUUUUUUAUUGUCGUUUCAAUCAGAGUUAAAAAAGAUAUUGUAUAUAAAGUUUUUAUAAAAAAUUAAUGUUUCUCACUUAGGAAUAAUAUUUAACGAGAUAUUUAGAAUAUCGAAUAAAAUAGAGAUAAAAUAGAUGUUCUCAGACAUUGGCAGAACACAUCUUGUUCAUUGACUUUAAUUCUAUAAUCUGAAUACACAUUAGUUUCUUUCUUCAAUGUACAAGUGAUGCUUUCACGACACUCUACGAUGAAUGUUAUCCAGUAGCUUCAAGAAAAGAUCAUGUGGCAAACCACGUGAUAUUUGCUGUAUAUGGGUGUUUAAUAGAUUAUAUGUCUCUUCUUCA